ACACAACGCGAGCGAAGAAGGGAAAGACAGGUGCAGAAGCCGAAGCCGAACUCUUUCCUACGUAGUUCUGCUGCUACUGGUAGUUUCCGAAGCAAAAUCCCAAACUCUGCUCCGCUGCGAUCGGAGAGUUUAAUGGCGUCAUCGUCGAGCAGCGGACUGACAUUCAAACUGCAUCCACUGGUGAUAGUGAAUAUAUCAGAUCACUACACUAGGGUUAAGUCUCAGAUGCACCCGCCCACAGCGGCCCACGCCAACAACAACAACGGCAACGGCGCUGAUGCAGCCACCUCGCCUCCGCCUCCUGCAUCAAGGGUAUACGGCUGCGUGAUAGGGGUGCAGAGGGGACGCACCGUCGAGAUCUUCAACAGCUUCGAGCUCCUCUACGAUCCCUCCACGCAUUCCCUUGACCGCUCCUUCCUCGAGAAGAAGCAAGAGCUCUAUAAGAAGGUUUUCCCCCACUUCUAUAUACUUGGGUGGUAUUCUACUGGCAGCGAUGCGCAGGAAUCUGAUAUGCAUAUUCAUAAAGCUUUGAUGGAUAUUAAUGAAAGUCCUGUUUAUGUUCUUCUCAAUCCUUCAAUAAAUCAUGCUCAAAAGGAUCUCCCAGUCACAAUUUUUGAAAGUGAGCUGCAUGUCAUAGAUGGGAUUCCACAGCUUAUUUUUGUUCGUUCAAGCUACACUAUUGAGACAGUUGAAGCAGAACGGAUUUCAGUUGAUCAUGUUGCACAUCUUAAACCGUCUGAUGGAGGUUCAGCAGCUACUCAAUUGGCUGCUCACCUUACGGGCAUACAUAGUGCCAUCAAGAUGCUGAAUAGUCGAAUCAGGGUACUUCAUCACUAUCUUCUUGCAAUGCAGAAAGGUGAUAUCCCUUGUGAGAAUUCAUUGCUAAGACAAGUAUCAAGUCUCCUAAGAAGAUUGCCAGCUAUUGAAUCAGAAAAAUUUCAAGAUGAUUUUUUGAUGGAAUACAAUGACACGUUGUUGAUCACUUACCUAGCCAUGUUCACCAACUGCUCAAGCACAAUGAAUGAACUAGUCGACAAGUUCAACACUGCAUACGACAGGCAUAGUCGAAGGGGUGGACGCACUGCUUUUAUGUGAAAGCCACUUGCUCCUCUCUGGCAGUCUUGUGGGACUUCUGUUUCUAUUUUGUGUGCAUAGCACAUAGUAAGCUUAAGAUUCAUAUUGGUAGGAGCUUAGGAUCUAGACAAAUCAGAAGAAGUAGAAAUAUAUGAGGAUUCUCUUCAUUUUUUCCAUGCCUUCUUUGGCUUUGCCUACCAUACCAAGUAUGGUCUUUGUGAAUCGGUGCUUUGGUGUUUGUAUUGGGUGCGAGCUUAUUCACAAGUCACAUCCCAUUUUUGGUAAUGAAUUUUAUUUAUUAUACACUA